GCGGGAAAAGCAUUUAGGAAAUUUCUUCCCCUCUUUGAUCGUGUUCUGGUUGAACGAUGUUCGGCUGAGACGGUAACCAAAGGAGGCAUCAUGAUUCCAGAAAAAGCUCAAGGGAAGGUGCUACAAGCAACAGUAGUAGCAGUUGGAUCAGGAGCCAGGGGCAAGAAUGGUGAGAUUCAGCCAGUGAGUGUAAAAGUUGGCGAGAAGGUUUUGCUACCAGAAUAUGGUGGUACUAAGAUUGUGCUAGAAGAGAAGGACUACUACUUGUUUAGAGAUGGUGACAUUCUUGGGAAAUACGUGGACUAAACCUGUUGCAGUAUCAGUCAUCCAUUCCACUUAAACGCUGAAAUUUUUCUUUCAUCAUGUAAAUAAUGUCCUUUGUUUUAUAAUAAGCAGGCAUUGAGUCUCUGAAAUAACUUGUGAUCCCACUGUAAUGAUGGAACACAAAUAAAAACAUGUACAGUCAGAAA